AGAUGGCGUUCUGUAGAUAUUAGAUUUUAUCAAAUGACCUGUAACAACUAGCGAACUUCCCCACUACAGCAGGCGAGAUGGCCACGACUGUCCCCAAAACCAUGAAGGCUCUUGUAAAGACCAAAGAAGGCAGUUCCUUUGAAUACAAGGACGUGCCUGUUCCUGAGCCUAAAGAUGAUGAAGUCCUGCUUAAAGUAGAUGCAAUUUCUGUUUGUGGAUCCGACAUAUCUUUGUACAUGUGGAAUGAAGUUGCAAGAGUUAUAGCCACGGUGCCUUUUAUUCCGGGACACGAAUGUGCAGGAACAGUUGUUAAAUGUGGACCAAAAGCCGACAUCGCUAUAGGAACGAAGGUUGGAGUGGAGAACCAUUACUUUUGUGGAAACUGUUACCAAUGCAAAAAUGAUUGUCGUGAAAUUUGUAAAAACAUGGGCCAGUUUGGACAUGGAAAGAAAACGGAGCAUGGUGCAUGUUCAGAGUAUACCAUAGUCUCAGCGAAGUAUUUGUACCAGCUUACAAGAAAUUUAAACGCGGAUCAAAUAGCUAUGUUAGAGCCGCUUGGUGUGGCACAUAAUGCCGUUGAGAGGUUAGAUGUUAAAGGUCAAGAUGCUCUUAUCAUUGGUUGUGGACCAGUUGGAUUGUUAGCUGGCAUGGUGGCUAAAGCUGAAGGAGCUAAAAGGCUAAUUGGAGCUGAUAUUGACCCGAAUAGACUCGAACUAGCCAAGAAAGUUGGAUUUGACGUAACAGUCAAUACUAAAGAAAAAGACUUAAAAGAGUUUGUAAUGGAAUUUACAGACGGUGAUGGUUUUGGACGUGUUUGUGAAUGUUCCGGAGCCCCUGUUAUGGUUAAUGCUAGCUUUUCUUUACUAAGGAAGGGUGGUACGAUGGUUAUGGUCGGACUACCUAAACAACCACUACAUGUAGAGAAUGUUCUACAGGAUAUUGUAUUCAAAGCUUUAACUCUACGAACUGUACACGGGAGACGUAUAUUCCACACCUGGAGGAGCACCGAAGCUCUCGUUGCAGACGGCAAAGUUGACGUAAACGCACUGAUAUCACAUAGAUUCCCAAUGUCUAAGUUUGAAGAGGCAUUCCAAGUGUUGUUUAGUGGUAAAGGUUGUAAAAUUGUGUUGUAUCCAAGCGAAUAAACAGACAAUCAUAAGGCAAUAAAAAAUGUUUAAAUAAUUGUGUAAACUUUUGGAAAAUGAAUAAAAUAUUUUAAAACUUU